CAGGAGAAAGGGCUUUUGAUAUCUGAGAACCAGAUUGUCUGAACAGUGUACAAUGGCUGAGGCCUCUGAUGAUGAGGCGUUUGAGGAUGCCAGUGACGUCUUUGAAGAUGAUGAUGAUGAAGCCAGCCUGUCCAUGUCUUUCAUGUCACAGUCAUUACAAGAUGACUACAGAAAAACAGCCGCAUCAUCAAAUGGUAUCCCUGCACCUGGUGACCUCACGGUCCAGAGUGUCACUACCCACUCUGUUGGCCUGAUCUGGGACCCUCCUGAAGGCAUAGAGAGCUUUGAACUGAGUGUGUCUGCAGCCAAUGGACAGGCAGAGUCCAGGACCACCUCCUCCAACCACACAGAGGUGGAGAAGCUGCAGCCUGGGACCGAAUACAGCUUCAGCAUCUCCUCUGUCUCAAGGAGCCACCGGAGCUCACCUCUUACUGUGAUGACUUUUACACAGCCAAUACCUCCAGAGAGAGUCCAAGUGAGCCAUAUCACUGCAGACUCAUUGACCCUCACCUGGGAGUCACCUGAUUUCCAGGUGUGGCAGUACCACGUGACCUGCUGGCAAGGUGACACCUUGAUUCAGGAUAAGAAGACCACAUCUGAGAGUAUCGUGUUCAGCAACCUCUCGCCAGGUGUGCAGUACUCCAUGAAGAUCACCUGUGUCCUUCAGAAUGGCAUGGAGAGCAAAAUGACCACUAGACAGGCGCAGACAAAGACCAGUCUGGAAGGCCUGCUGCAUGAUUUGGGGUUGAUGAACCACUAUACCGACAAGCUUUCCCUCAGCGCCGUCCUUGAAAUCAACAAGAAGACCAUCAGCGAUGAACCAGCUACCUCUCUAUCAUCCUUGCCAUGGUGUUUCUUAAAGAGACUUAUGAUGGUCAAUGUCACAGCUAGAGGUGUUAAAUGCUCAAACCCUAUCGAUGCAAGCUUAGACAGUGCAGAGUUUGACAUGUAUAGUGAGCUAGACAGCUUGGUGAAUUGCGAGGGCACUAAAGAUGUUGUCAACCCUUUAGACUUAGUGACAGCUUUGUUCCUGUGCUCUGAUGGCUUUUUCCAGCAGGAAAUGGCUUUGAAAAUGUCCAUGUGUCAGUUCUCUGUGCCUUUGCUUCUGCCAUCUCUUCACAAAAACCAACCAAUGCUUAUGCUGUGGGCUUUAAGGGACAUUGUGAAGAAAUUCAGGCCACACUCUUUGCAAGACUGCAGAGGAUUUGUAGAGGAGAGAAUUGUCCUUUCACAUCUGCCAAUGGUGUCUUUUGUCAGGCUAGGAGAAUGCAGCUUUUCAAAGUCACAAAUCCUAAACAAGUUGUUUAGCAACCCCCAGCAGUACCACGACACCUUCCUUCACCACAAUAUGGACUGUGGGGACACUCCACGCAAGAUCUCCAAUGGAUUGGUGGAGAUAAGCUGGUACCUACCUUGUGGCAACAAAAACAUUGACAUUUUCCCUGAGCCAGUUGCUGUGGCCAACUUGAGAGGAGACAUUCGCUCAUUUGAAACACAAUACUCCUUCUUGUGUCAGACAUCCUCAGCGGUUUUUGUCUUUUUUGACAGUUUGGACAUAGAUCAUACAAUUGUGACAACCCAGCAUCACAGAGCACAGUUGUUUUUGGUGGGCAAUAUGCAAGACAAGACUUUCAAUAUGAAUGCUUUGAAGAGGGUAGCCUCUGAAUUAAACUUGAAGAAAACCAACAUCAUGUUGAAAGGCAAACAAAUGAAUGAUGCAGACUUUGUGAAAAAUCUGCAUUCAAUGUUGACAACCUGUCUAAAUGCUAACCCGUUGAAAAUGCAGUUGGAACAAAUGGCCGAAGUUGCCCAUGAGCUUGGCAUUCAUGUGGAUGAAGAUGCACAGGAAUGUCAGAAAGCGAAAGUUAAUGCACUUGAAAUCACCUCGAAAAUUAAGGACACAUCACAGUUCAAGGAGACUGCACUCCCCUUACAAGGAAGGAUCUGGAAGGAGCUUGCAAAACUUGAAAAAGAGGAGUGCAGACUUAGGAAAGCAGGGGAUCAAAACAUUGAGCACUACAAGAGUGAACUCCAUACACAAAAGAAGCACCUGAGGGCAGAGCAACGUAGCCACGACAUGUCAGAGCCCAUGACAUGUUUCAUAAAUGCAUUAUCAACUUCUAGAUUGGAAAAGUUUUAUUUCUUGAAAUGGAUGAGGAUGAACUUGGACAACUUGUCUCGUGAAAGUCUGACAGGACUUCGAGAACAGUACAAAGAAAAAUGCAAGGAUUCUAUUGAAAACAGAGAGGAAAUCCAGGAAAUUGACAAACAAAUUUCCAACAGCUCUUUGGGAAUUGAACACUUUGUGCGAGAGAUGGGUCAACUGUAUGAAUCUGUCUUGACGUUUCCAAAAGAUCAUCCAGCCAGGCAGCAAAUGAUGCACUUGCCUGGACUUUGUGCCAGGUUACUGCUGGAUGGCUUUCCUCUGGAACUUGUAGAUGGUGAUGCCUCCAACAUCCCUCUCAAAUGGGUGAAGGAUGUACUGCUGGAGCUUGAUUGCAUAGUAAAGCCCAGAAACAGGAUCCUUGUGGUCACCGUCCUCGGGGUGCAGAGCACUGGCAAAUCCACUCUGCUGAACACAAUGUUCGGAGUACAGUUUGCUGUUAGCAGUGGCAGAUGUACUAGGGGAGCAUUCAUGUUGCUCAUAAAAGUCAGUGAGGACCUCUGUGAUCAGAUGAAGUGUGAUUACUUGGUGAUCAUUGACACAGAGGGACUUAAGUCUCCUGAGUUGGCACAGCUAGAUGACAGUUACGAACACGACAAUGAGUUGGCCACACUUGUGAUUGGACUCAGUGAUGUCACAAUAAUCAAUAUCGCCAUGGAGAACUCCACGGAGAUGAAGGACAUUCUCCAGAUUGUGGUGCAUGCUUUUUUAAGGAUGAAGGAGGUGGGCAAGAAACCAAUCUGUCAGUUUGUGCACCAGAAUGUGGCAGAUGUCUCUGCACAUGACAAAAACCUGAGAGACAGGAAACUCCUUCUACAGCAACUAGAUGAGAUGACUCAGGCAGCAGCCAAAAUGGAGGGCAAAGAGGAGAACCAGAAGUUUACAGACGUGAUGGAGUAUGACCCAGAGAAAGGGAACUGGUAUAUUCCAGGACUGUGGCACGGCAAUCCUCCCAUGGCUCCCGUCAAUGCUGGUUACAGUGAGGCUGUCAAUGAUUUCAAAAAGAACAUGAUUCAAGUGUUUGGAGACUGUAAGACAUCUGGCAACAUCAGGGAAUUUCUGGAGUGGACAAAGAGUCUUUGGAAUGCUGUAAAAUAUGAGAAUUUCAUUUUCAGCUUCAGAAACAGUCUAGUGGCAGAUGCCUACAUGCAACUCUGCACAGAGUAUAACAAAUGGGAAUGGGCGUUCAAAAAGGACAUGUACAAAUGGCUCAGCAGUGCCGAAACUAAGGUCUCCAACUUUGAAGUCACUAGGAUGGAAUCGGACCAAUCUGACAUUAGUUCCUUUCUGUGUCAGUUGAAGACAAAAGGCAUCACAGAACUUGACCAAAGGGAGAAAACCAUUCUCAACAACCUGACAGAGUACUUUAAGCAGACAGGGGGUCAUGUCCAUCUGGUGGAGCGAUACAGAGAGGAAUUCAGCACCAGUGCAAAAUGUCUUCGAAGGGAAUUGGAGAACUCUGUCUUUGCCAAACUUGAUCUUGCUGUGUCUAUGAGGAAGGCGAUGAAUAAAUUGGAGAACAUUAAGAAAACAAAUGCUGACUUGAUGGAAGAGAAAGUUCGUGAGCUUGUUGAAAAAUGUAAGACCAGCAGUUCAAGGAAGACUGAUGAAGAACUGAAAAGAGACUUUGAAAAUGUGUGGAAAGAAACUGUUGCUAAGCUGGAAUUCCGUGGAUUAGAGCGUAAGGACAUCUCCAGUAAUAUAUCACACUACCUGAGGUCAAAUAUGAAACAGAAAGGAGGCUCUGUGCAGGAAAUGAUGAACAAUGCCAAUUUACUUGAGUGUGGUAAAACAUCUUUCACCGUUACCCAAGAAAAAUUCGUUCAUAGAGUUAUUCGUCAUAUUGGGUCUGUGUUUUCUUUUGAAGAUCACAGAAAGAAUACCCAGCAGAUAACAGACGAUGUGAUAGCCAAGUGUGUGGCAUUUAUUGAAGAAAUUUCUCAAGGGAAAGGUGAUUAUCAUGAAAAUUACAUACAAGAGAUUUUGCACAUGAUUGAUGAUGCCGUGAUUGGCAACAAAAAGCUUUAUACAAGUGAAAAAUUUGAAAUUUCUCUGAAACUCCACAUCUGUGGGACUGCUGCCAGAACUUUUCAGGGUAUGCAUGACCGUUUCAUAGAAUACAAUGAUCCUUGCAGGUGUAUUAAGCAGUUAAAGGGAAAAUAUUUUGCAGACUUCAAAGACCUGUACAAUGAGCGAGACCAAUGUCAGAGAAAAGCAGAUGAGUUCGCAAAUUUGUGCCUCAGACCUGCUAUAGAGACCUGGGUUGCUGCUAGCCUUGGUCCAGACAUAGUUGAUGAAAUAUUGGUCGGAAAGAAUGCACUUCAGUUCAGCACCAGAUCAUUUUUUCAAUACUCACUCCUGAAGGAGCUGCUUGUGGAAUCCUACAUUGGGAUGAUCACCCUUAUUUGUGACAUCUGUCAAGUUUAUGGGUGA